AUCAGCUUGCGUCAAUAGAAACGUGCGUCGCACACACACACACUGGCCUGCCCGCAAGAGAGAAAGUGUUAAAUUAACAAAAAUAAACUUGAGAUUAAACCUAGAGCAGGUGGGACGAUAUGGAUGACGAAGAGGAAACAUACAGGCUGUGGAAGAUUCGCAAAACCAUCAUGCAGCUGUGUCAUGACAGAGGCUACCUGGUGACACAGGACGAGUUGGACCAGACACUGGAGGAGUUUAAGAGUCAGUUUGGAGACAAGCCCAGCGAGGGUCGCCCCAGGCGCACAGACCUCACUGUGCUGGUGGCACACAACGAUGACCCCACCGACCAGAUGUUUGUUUUCUUUCCUGAGGAGCCCAAGGUGGGAAUCAAGACGAUUAAGAUGUACUGUCAGAGGAUGCAGGAGGAGAACAUCACACGGGCGAUCAUUGUUGUUCAAAUGGGCAUGACACCAUCAGCCAAACAGUCUCUAGUUGACAUGGCACCCAAAUACAUAUUGGAACAGUUUCUACAACAGGAGCUGCUUAUUAACAUCACAGAGCAUGAGCUUGUUCCAGAGCACAUUGUGAUGACAAAAGAGGAAGUGACUGAACUUCUGGCAAGAUAUAAAUUAAAGGAAAGUCAGUUGCCUAGGAUCCAGGCCGGGGACCCUGUGGCUCGCUACUUUGGCUUGAAAAGAGGACAGGUAGUAAAGAUCAUCAGACCUAGUGAAACAGCUGGAAGGUACAUCACAUACAGACUGGUGCAGUGACAGACAGGAUCAACAUUUAGGAGGACCAGUGAAGGAAACGUCUUUAUCACUCAACCUUCUGCUUUUGACUUGUUUAAAUUGUUUUUUUUUUAAAUUACUUAUUUUGUAAAAUAAAACUAUUCAAAAUGGA